AAACCCCACCACGAACAAGUCGCAGGUGCGACCGCGACAACCCACGCUUGAUUGGAGAUAGAUCGCAUAGACUGCUGGUCAUAUUUGUGAUUAAUCUCAGCUAAUACUGCAUAUUCGACUGCCAUAACCCCUCGAUCGCCAUGGCGGGGCCCAUCUUCAACACCGAGCGCCAUGUCAAAUAUUAUCUCCGCUGCCUCAAGACCUUCCUUCCCUCGGCCUAUAUCUCCAAUGACUCGAAUCGCAUGCUCCUUGCCUACCUGACCCUCGGUGGUCUCGACGUUCUCGGUGUUUUACAGAGCAAAACGACUGCAGAGGAGCGCCAAGGGUACAUUGACUGGCUGUACCAUUGCCAAGUGCCUUCAGGCGGCUUCCGCGGAUUUUCAGGCACAGGCUUUGGCAAUGAGCGGCGAACACCAGAUAAUGAGGCCUGGGACCCGGCCAAUGUCCCCGCGACGUUCUUUGCGCUGGUUAAUUUGCUCAUUUUGGGCGACGACUUGACGCGCGUGAAGCGGAGGGAAUGCUUGGAGUGGCUUCCGAAGUUGCAACGUGAUGAUGGAAGUUUUGGAGAAGUCCUGGGUCCUAAUGGGACAGUCGAAGGAGAUCAAGACCUUCGAUAUUGCUGCUGCGCGUCAGGGAUACGGUAUAUACUACGAGGCCAGUCUGGAAAGGGCGUCGAGAAUGUGCCGGAUAUCAAUGUGUCUAGAUUAAUCUCAUUUAUCGAGGGAUGCCAGAGCUAUGAUGGCGGAAUGGGCGAGUCGCCCUUUCGCGAAUCGCAUAGUGGUCAUACAUAUUGUGCAGUUGGAUCUCUGCACUUUUUGCGUCAGGGAACAGAUAACAUACCGUCUGCCCAGCUGCUGUCUCCGGGUUCGACGAAGUUUGAGUCCUUGGUGGGCUGGCUGGCAUCGCGGCAGACAGACAAGUUGCUCGGCGAAGAGGAUGAACAGGAGGACGAGGCGGAGAAAGAUAAUGAAGACGAACCAACAACCACCGAGGUAGAGGAAGGAACGGGGACCAAGUCGGUAGACGACUUGAUCCAAGGACUAUCGACAAUGACCCCUCUGUCGGGCGAGACGAUAUCGUGCGCCGGGUUCAACGGGCGAUGCAACAAACUCGCUGAUACCUGCUACUCCUUCUGGAAUGGUGCAGCACUUAUGAUGCUAGACCGAUAUUGUGUAAUUGACGACGCGCGGAAUCGGCAAUAUCUCCUUGAAAAGACACAGCACCUUAUCGGUGGGUUUGGAAAGGGCGUUGGAGAUCCUCCAGACCUUCUUCAUUCGUAUUUCGGCAUGGUCUCGCUGGCGUUCCAGGGCGAAGAUGGACUUGCUCGGGUGGACCCUGCGUUAGUUACGACCGAAAGGACUAUUGAGCACUUGAAAUCGCUGCCGUGGUGGUCAUAAGUCGGACGAUUCACUUUUGUUCAUGGAUGCAGUGACAUGUAAAUACGUCACAAUAAUUGUCCCCCGAUUGUCCCUUGAUUGUACAUGGUCUAUUUGUACAUAUUUCAAUACAAAACUAUACAUUCCAAUCACGAACUGAGCGCCCGUGCCCGAGUCUGAUGUGAGCUCAUGAUAGAGGAGCGGGAGCCGCCCAAUGGAACAAUCCACUACUCCUCGAUAUUCUUCGGCCGUAAGAACAAUCGGAGGUGGGCGUUGCCAAAACCUAUCAACAACUUUCAACACCACCUUGUCUAUCAAAAACCGAUCAUGCUCUUCCAAGUUUUCCAAAAGCGGAGGAUUAGCUAGCAUCGAUACCGCCGCUCCGUCGAGAACCAGGCAAGCCAGAUAGCGUACCCAGGGCCACAAAUCAAACUCCUCUUUACCAUCCCAUUCCUCCGAGGAUGACUUUAGGUCUCGAGUUUUGGCUUGAAUCAGUGCUCGGAACUCUGCACGAAUGCGAUCAUAACUUGCCCCCUCCAGAGCAACCUGGUCCUCAACCAGAUCCAGCUUGAAGCGACGGAAAGCCUCUUCAGCGUACGGAAGGCACGUCCAAUAUCGUAGCUUGCGCUGCACAACGCCCAUCAACGUCUCCAUUGCUCGGGGGAUAUUCUCGGAGACUUCUGUUGAGUAAUCCGUGACGAAAACGUAGAAUCCCCAUGUCGGAUCUCGCUCGAGGAACACCCGCCCGUCGUCCGAGCGCAUAUUCUCCUUGCGUUCCACAACUUUGAGAAGGUUGCGAGUCGUGUUGUCUAUCGCGACGUUUUCAUAAUGCGAAUAUCGAGCAGGAUGGCAUGACUCUAGUACAGCCUCUGGAUCGAUUUCUUUUAGGGGGCGCGCGGUCUUGUGGAUAUCUGCCGCGGCCCCGGGACCAAACGAUCGCCCGGUGAAUGUGCGUUCGUGCGGCACUGGACGAGUGGUGAGACUGGGGUCUAGAGGAGUGACCGGUCGGCGGAUGAGUGGCAAUCCUCGUCCAGACAUAGUGAUUGAAUAAGAGUUCGGUUUGGGAUUGAAUUCAAAAUACCCUCUGAUUUCGUGACAGGGUAAAGCCAAACUGGCGCCAAGUGUUGCCUAGCUUUAGCUAACUUGGUCGCGAUGAGCUUUCCGCUACUCGAAGAUCAAUUGAAAAGGAGAA